AUGACGGGGACGAAAAUAGUCACCAAGGAGAAGAAAAGUCGUCCCUCGUGUCGGAUAAGCUACAAAAAAGUUACCGCAAUCAAGGUUGGAAUAAUAGCAGAAGCAAUCUUGAGCAUGAACUAUCGGGCGACGAUUCGGGAGUUGCAUACUGCGGCGUCAUCGAUAAGGAUAUGA